AUGGACUUCAACCCACGCAUGAGCAUGGCGCGCGGCGUCGUCGCUAAUACCCAAUCUCGCAAUCGACAGCAGGAGGAGGACGCCUUCAUGACGCUGCCCGAUAGAGAAAUCGCAUCAUGUAUAAACGACAUUGGUCCCCCCGGAAUGACCCAGUUCACCGUCGCAGACCUACAAAAGCCAAAUCCCCAGCAGAUUCAGGCCAUCUUCGAGAAAUUCUCCGAAGUGCUGUUGAAUCUCAGUCGAGAAGUCGUCGCACCGGCAAUGAAAGCCGCUGCGGAAGAGCUCUGUGGUCCAGAUGCCGAUCGCAUAUUCACUGCGGAUACUCGAGACCUGAUGGGCUUCUUUGUGAUGCUACGACGGCUGUUGGUGGAGUGUGGAAUCAACGACUUUUCAUUCCAGGACCUAUAUAGGCCAACUCACCAAAGACUCGUCAAGAUCUUCUCCUACAUAAUAAACUUCAUUCGUUUCCGAGAGUCACAAACUGGUGUCAUCGAUGAGCAUUUCAACAAGUCAGAGCGUACGAAGUUGCGCAUUGAGCAAUUGUACCAUGAGAAUCAAGCGAAGGAGGAGCAGCUCCACGAACUGAAUCGCACUCGUCAGGCGACAGAGAGAGCUAUGAAGGACAGGGAAAGACGAAACAACGAGCUCAAGCAACGCCUGCUCGAGCUCAAGAAAGGCCAAGAGCGAGUUGCGGAGAAGUUAGAACGAGUCAAAGAGGACCAACAACGAUUGAAAGGCAUUCUGCAAGAGAAGACAGAGACAACACUCCAAGUGAAGCAAGAAGCGCAUAAAUUGCGCCCGUACACCCAGCAAUCGCGAGAGACACUGGAGAAUGCCCUCACAGACCUAAGCAACAAUCUGACUGCAGACAAAGCGCAGAUUGAGACUCUCGACCGCCGCGCGCGUGCUCUACAGACCUCUGCAGAUACAUUCACCGUCGUCACAGCAGACGUCACCUCGUGCACGAAGCUUCUCACAGAAGUCCAAGGUGACCUUGCGAAGGAAGAGGAGGAGAUUGUCAAGGCCUCGAGGUACCGCGACGCACUAUCAGAGCGGAGUAACAAUGUGCGCGACGUCGAGCGACAAGAGCGGCUCCUGCAGAACCAACUCAGCAAGAUCAACACCCGGACAGACAAAUUGCGCUCAAAUGCUGAGGAGAAAGCCUACAACGCAAAAGCCCGUAUGGAAGAGCUCAGGGCCGUGCACAAGCAAAUCGCAGACGAACGCAGCGAGAAAGGACGUGAGAUGGAACGGAGGAGAGUGAGAAUCGAGCAAACCGAGAAGAAGAUGGCUGAUCUGAAAGAGAACAUCGAAAAUGAAGUACAGAGCGCGAAUGAGGAGUACGUUAAGAUGGAGAGUCAUAUUAAACUAUAUAUCACGGAGAUGGAGCAACACCUGGCGUGAUUGUUUAACUGCUUUAUCUUGAUGUUUCAUGAGGACUGCACUUGGGUAUACCUGGCUGGCGUGGUGUGUGGUGUUUUGGUGUUUCUCAGGUUCGGCACCACGAACAUUAUGAAGACUAUCUAUUCAACCGAUCAAUUUUCCCGAGCUGCUAUCAUUUGUCUUUCCGCAUUAUGGGUUGCUUUAGCUCGUGUAUACGAUCGACUUGGAGGUCAAAUUUCAGGUAUUGACACGAUGCAACGAACGGUAUAUAUCAUAGCCAGGGCGUUUAGGAUUGCUGAUCACCACACAGACUCUCACCACAACUUGGCAGCGCGUUAUCCUCAUUGUCAAUGUUCCUGGAAGUAUGUCUUGUCUCUGACUUGGCCGGUUGCUGUUCCGCGAAGAUCCGACGUCUCCCAGGUGCGCCUCUCUGCGCCACUCACCACCCUCUUGACGAGAUGACCAAGAGACUGGCUGGUAGUCACGUACAUCACAGCGAAACAUCCAUCUCCC